AUGAGCAAAUAUACGUCAAAGUAUUUGGAAGACAAACUAGCGGAUAAAUUGGGAGCGUUAUACGUAAAUGCGAUCGACGAAUCGGAUGGCUGUGGUGGUAAAUUCAAUGUAACUAUUGUUUCGGAGGCAUUCCGUGGUAAGACAUUGCUACAGAAACAUCGCUUAGUGAAUAGUGCUCUAGCAGAGGAACUUAAGGAAAUACACGCAUUCUCUCAAAAGUCAUACACACCCGAAGAGUGGGAAAAAGUGCAACAGACUUUGAAGUGUUAAUAAGAAUGUAGUAUUUUUAUUAGCACUGUAUAUGUCUUUUGAAUAAAUUAUAUUAUUAUAACUAC